AGACUGUUAUCUGGGAUUGCCCAACCACGUCAAGAAAUAAACAUAACUGCACACAUAGAAGUGAUGUGAGCGUUAUUUGUUCAGGUCAAAAAGGACUGCGGUUAACUGGUGGCAUGGACAGGUGUUCGGGGAGAGUGGAAGUAUUACGCGGCGAAACAUGGGGAACGGUCUGUGAUGUUUUCUGGGAUUUAAAGGAUGCCUCCGUCGUCUGCAAUCAUCUCCAUUGUGGACCGGUUUUAUCAGCGAAAGCGGGAGCAUUCUUUGGUGAGGGAAAUGGCUCGAUUUGGAAAGACGUCACAGAAUGUCGCGUGGAUCACUGGCAUUUGCGGCUGGCUGCUGGAGAGGGCCGAUGCGAUGGCCGAGUGGAGGUUUAUCAGAGCGGCGUCUGGGGAAGAGUAACCGAUGAUUUGUGGGAUUUCAAAGACGCAGAUGUGGUUUGCAGACAGCUAAAGUGCGGCUCCGCAGUAAAUGUUUACAACCACGGGAAGUAUGGAAUCGGAAAAGGACAUGUGAUCAUGAGCAACGUCAGUUGCAUUGGAAUUGAAUCCUAUCUCUGGAACUGCACUUUCACACAAACGGACCAUAUACCUCUGCCUGAUGUUGGUGUCUUUUGUUCUGAUGAUAUUCCCGUGAGGCUGGUGAAUGGUUCAAGUCGUUGUGCAGGACGGGUAGAAGUUUAUUACAACGGAAUCUGGGGGACCGUCUGCGAUGAUGCCUGGGAUAUAACAGAUGCUGAUGUUGUCUGCAAGGAACUAAAUUGUGGACAUGCUGUUAAUGCCACCAAGACCAGUUGGUUUGGUCAAGGCUCAGGCCCAAUCUGGUUGGACAACCUGAAGUGUUCAGUGAAUAAUACAGCCUUGUGGCAAUGUCCGGCGAGACCAUGGGGACAGAACGAUUGCAGUCACAAAGAAGAUGCUGGAGUUAUCUGUUCCGGUCACAGAGAGAUAAGGUUGGAAAAUGGGAAAAAUCCCUGCCAGGGCAGACUUGAGGUUUUCUUUAACGGAACAUGGGGAACAGUUUGCUCUGAUUUGUUUGGCAUUGAUGAUGCAGAAGUCGUCUGCUCCCAGCUCAACUGCGGCUCGGCAAAAUUUGUCGAAAACAACGCUGCAUUUGGAGAAGGGACUGGACCGAUCUGGCUGGACGACGUGAGAUGUCGGUUUGGCGACUCACUUUUAUGGCAAUGUCCAUCUUCAGCAUGGGGCCAGCACAACUGCAGACACCAGGAGGAUGUUGGGAUCAGUUGUUCAGACCUGCGGCUCGUGGCCGGGUUCGAUAAUUGCUCUGGAAGAAUUGAAGUUUUCUUCAGUGGGACGUGGGGGACGGUCUGUGACGAUUCGUGGGACAGAUACGAUGCUACUGUCGUCUGUCGUCAAUUAAACUGUGGGGAUCCAUUCCUGACUUCCGUGGGGAUGCUAUUCCCCCCUGGGGAUAAGAAGUCACGGCCUUCAAUACACAAGUUUGCUGAGCCGUUUUAUGAGGAGAUAGUCAUUCAGGAGACUGGGCCUGGAGUUGAAUCCCCUUUACCGCUUGAGGAACAUUUCGGAGAAGAAUAUGACGAUAUUGAAUAA